UUUCUCAAGGAAUAGCAUCAUAGGAUAAACAACAUGGACAUGUACUGUAAUAUUAUUGUGCAGUAUUUUAUUUGAUCUAUUCUGGAUCACUCUGUUCUCAUUUCCUCCUCUUUUCUUCUUCGUUCACUCUCUCAGCUCCACACCACAAUGUCUUCCUCUCAAAGAAAAUAUAAAACAAAAAGAGUUUUAAUAUUUCUGAUCAUAAACUGAAGAUGUAAAAACAUUAAAUGUACAUGUACAUUGUAAAUAGACCACAUUUCAUACCCAUCCAAACUGUUGAGAGAUACAAAUGAUACUGAGACAAAUCGACCCCAUAACAUAAAUUUUCACAUCUCGUUUCCCCUAAUAAUACUAAUAGAGCUCCAUUGAUUUGCCGUUCCUGUCAUAGAGACUAAAUGACACCAAGUUGAAGUUACAUUAUAAACUUAAUACAAGAUUCAGGGUUUUGGGAUAACAUCCAGGACUUUAGUCCAAUAAACAGCACCUCCCACUCUGCCUAUGGAUUAAACUACAACAGUAGGCUAUAUAAACUCCAGUACAUCAGUAAUAAUAAUCUGUAUAACAAUAGUGACCUCCUUUACUUGUAUUGAGUACUUAUAUUUUAAAAAUCAUCAAGUACAUUUAGGUCAUUUUACUUUUAAAGCAUUUUCAACAUAGAAAUUCUGUUUGUAAUGGCACAUUUUAAUAUUGUUGUAUAUUUGUACUAAAGUACAAGAUCUGGUAAUUUCUCCACCACAGCCAUAAAUUUCCAUUCAGUUACCGCUCCAUUACCCCCCCCACACACAGUUUUUUCUUGUUUCAUUUGUUAUUCAUUUUCUUAAUUUCCCCUGUAUGACAUAAAUAAAGUUUAUCUUAUAGAUAUUAUUUAUAAUGGUAGAAAACCUCCAACUGUGCGUACAAUUGCAUGUCUGUUAUUACUUCUUUUAUAAUAGAAAGUCAUCAUCCAGAUCAGAAAGUAGUCUUAUUGAAGGCUAUGAGUUACACCAGCUUUUGACACAGGGUACAGUGACUACCCGCUCAGUGAGGUGUGAUGUUCAACACACUUUGUAUUUCAAAUUUGACUGCACAUGUUGAGUUCAACUACUUCCUCUUUUUCCUGGUGAUGUCAGUGACACUCGACAAAGUUCUCACUUCGUCUUUGUUACGUUCAUUUACGGUCUUUAGGUCAUGGACCGUUGUUGCAGCAGUUUAGAUUCAGUUACCAUACAGCCAUAAAUUAGUCUAUUUACUAUUAUUUACCAGAUGGAUUUUUGAAAGGAGUUGAACAGACAUGACGAUCUUAACAACAUGCAUGGUUGGUUCCAGAAACUCUUGAAAUCAAGUGCAUCUUCAUCAUCACAACAUGAACAAAAACCUAAAGUGACAAGUGUACCGACAUCACCUUCAUUUACAUCAUCUUCUUCAUCAUCUUCUUCAUCAUCAUCUGUCUCAAAGACAGGCCCUUCCAAACCACAAAAGCCACCGUCAGCUUUGAGCUCACAGCUGAGAUGGAGACGGAAAUAUGACUUGCUUGUGUGCCACAGCCAUGCCGACAGCGACAUUGAAGAGGCUAAACGCCUGGUCUCUUUCCUGGAGGCUUCACCCCGCAGCCUGAGGUGCUUUCUGUGGCAGAGGGACGUCGCUGUAGGAGGGGCAGUGUUCACAGAAUUUUGCCAGGCUGUGCAGGAGAGCCACCUGCAGGCUCUGCUUAUCACUCCUAACUUCCUGCAGGAAGAUUGGUGCAAGUAUAUGAUGCACCAGGCUCUGGCGGAGGGGCCUAUGUCCAAUCGGCUGAUUCCCCUGAUACAGAACCUUCCCCACUCUCAGUACCCCCAGGAACUGAAGUUCUACAUCUACAUUAACCUGAGCACGAACACUGACAGAGGUUAUAGUCUCAUCAACAGGACUGUGCUCAAGUACCUGGAAGACAUGGUUAAAAAUGAGACGGCCCAUGACUGCAGCGUGGACAGCUCUAGCAAGGGUGGAGAGGGCAGCUCAUGAGAAGACGAGCUGGUCCCAAACAACGACACCGCUGAGACUCCAAUUCCGCUGGAAGUGAUGCACAAGAAAGAUAAACACGUUAAUGACAUUUGCUGUGAUAAUACUCAACCGAAAUGAAAGAACAUAAUGAAGGACAAGAAGCUCAGAGUGGAAAAAAACUUCGUUGCUAUUGGUUGGACUCAACUUUUUAGUCAUGUUUUUGUCACAUCGUGUUGUGCUUAAAAGGAAAGUUACACUACAGUGUCAUUGCUUAGACAUUUGCUAUUUUUCUCUUCUGGUUUUAGGAUGUUCAUGCAGUAACCAGGAAAUAUUUUAUUCCAAGCAACACAGGGUUUAUUUCCGGUAUCAGAUCUAGAGAAGUACAGUGUGUGCUGAAGUAGUUUGCAAUUGCAAACUGCUGUUAAUCAGCACAUAUUGUGAGAAUUUAUGUUUAUGGUCUUGUAGCUUGUAAACAGUAUCGAAGCCUAUCAUUUAAAUUUAGAAUAAAGGGAACUAAUGCACCAUAAUCCUCUUUUUAACAGAAUGAAAAAAUAACAGUGAGCUGUAAUAGAAAAAAAAUAUUUUGAUACAGAUAGUGUUUCCCACUAGGUGGUGUAUUUUCCUGUACAAACCAUUUGAGAGUGCCAGAGAGAAGAUGCCUGUCAUGGAGGCGUCACCUCAUUAACUCUACUUCUCUUGCCUCUGUGUCUGUGUGUGUGAGAGAGCGAACGAGAGCGAGAUAGUGAGACUAAAGGGAAAUACCCACCCAUAACAAACUGGUGAUUGUGACAUGACCUGAACUGAGCUGGACUGUAAGUAACAAUGGAGUGAAGCUAACAAGACAAGACACAACUUUGUGUCUUUCUUAAACAUAGAGGGAUAUCAGAGUGAUGGCUCUGGUCUGCUGUUAUUAAUAUUUCUGUCUGAGUUGUCUAAGCUCAACUAGUUGGAACAAAGUCUGAACAUGUUGAAGAAUUGGAAGGAACAGCCUUUCUCCUCCAUCCAAAGAAUCCAAAGAAUAAACUUUCAGUUUUCUGG